UGUAGACUGCAGUUGGGCUGCGCGGCUGGCGGCUGGGAGGUCCCGGCUGACCUCACUGGUUGGUGACAUGGCAUCCAACUACUGCACAGGUUCAGACCAAUGGAAGAAAAGAGCAGCAAAACUUGAACCGAAUGAAACCCAAAAGCAAGAUAAAGAGGCCUUUGAUUUAUUUGAUGUUGAUGGGUCUGGAACCAUAGAUGUGAAAGAACUAAAGAUUGCCAUGCAAGCCUUAGGACUUGAUCCAAAGAAAGAAGAAAUUAAAAAAAUGAUAGCUGAAAUCGACAAAGAAGGAUUUGGCACCAUUACUUUUGAAGAUUUUUUUGCCAUAAUGAGUGUAAAAAUGAGUGAAAAAAAUGAAAAAGAAGAAAUACUGAAGGCUUUCAAAUUAUUUGAUGAUGAUGAUACUGGAAGCAUAACACUAAACAAUAUCAAGAGGGUUGCUAAGGAAUUGGGGGAAAAUUUAACAGAUGAUGAACUUAAGGAAAUGCUUGAUGAAGCUGAUCGUGAUAGGGAUGGAGAGAUAAAUGAGGAAGAAUUUUUGAGAAUGAUGAAAAGGACCACUCUUUAUUAAUACUUUUUUUUAUUCCUUCUGGAAAGUUGUUAACAACUUCGUAUUUGCUAUAUGGUUCUAUCAUAUCUGAAUGUAUUAUCAAUUUUUAGUUUAUAUGCACAGAUUGGUCUCUUGAUGUCUAAUCCAUGUGAGAAGUUUCAUGUUUCUACCAAUCUUUUGUUAAAUCCAUAGCAUCAAGAGACAAAAUGUAAUGAUUUCUGUGAACCAUGGAUCUCAAACCAGUAUUAAUUCUAACUGCUACUUUUAGAGCUCUAGGGUCUAAAGACUUAGAAUUUUUUUAAGUUUAAUGAAACUGACCCCACAUCCAAAUGAAUUUUGCAAACAAGCAAUUAGUUUCCCUAUUAUUUUCCUUUUGUGCAACUC